UUCUUAAACUGUAAAUACUUUUAAAAAGAUCACGCAUGAAGACCAAAAAAUGGAAUAGAACAUAAAUUAUUUGAAUCCAAUAACAGAAAUGCGUAUUUGUCAACAAUCAUUUUCAUAGGAAUCAUUGAAAUUAGAAUAACAGAAAGUCUUCGAGUCCAGUAGGUACAUUUGUAGGAUUUAAAUCGUAAAAAUUAUAUUAAUCAUGUAGUUUUGUGGAGAAAAAAAUUACAAGAGUAAUAAUAAUAAAUAAUCAUUUCAACAAUUAACUCAAAAACACCAAUUUAAGAAAAAUAUCUGCUAUCCGAGACUCCAAAUAGCAGCAAAUUAACAAAAAAGAUUAAAUAAGAAAAGAGAGAAAAAAAAUCAAAAAAUCGAAAAGCUCUCAUAAAAAUAAAAAUAAAAAAUAAAAACUGACGGCUUCGCGUUUGUCUCUUCCCCUCUCUACUUCCGAUUCCAUCGCAAAUCGUCUCCGCCUCUAUCUCUCUCUCUCUCUCUAGGGUUUUCUCAGCUCCUCGUUUCCCCAGGCUUACCUUCGUCGUCAUUCGCCUAAUCUCUACCUCCGAUUCAUGAGGUGACAUUAACGAUGGAUUGCAAGGAGAACGGUGUUAGUGAUCCUUCCGGGGAUGAGAAUCUUACCUCUGCUGCGAUGGACAUCAAUGGAAGUUUAUCUGAGAAGGCUGGAGAAGAUAUAGAGUCAAUCACUAGUUUGGAGACUCCACAGGCUGCAUCAGUUACAAACCUUGCGAUGGAGGAGGCCGAGAGGGAGUGCUUUGUAGAGGUUGAGCAAAUGGGAGAGGGAAACAGUGUUAGUAAAGAAGUCGAGGAAAACUCUGAUGCUGUUUGUUGCGUUGAUGCUGAGCAAGCUCAAGGAUCGGUUUCUGAUGCCAUUGUGCCUGGUGAUGGCACAGUAUUGCCCUUAGGGGUCAGGGAAACAGAUGGUGAAUCGGUUUUUCUAAACGAUGCACCUGAAAAGGUUGAGUCUUUGGAAACUGCAAAAGAUAUAGAGGAUGAUAAAGCUGGAAGUGAUGGUGAAGGCAAGGAAGGAAAUAACGAACCAUCGAGUGAUGAUGUUUCUCUCAUUCGGAGUUGUCCCUUUCCAGAUUCAGCAUUGGAUUCUGGGGGUUUGGGUUGCAGUGAGACAGAGAAUGAUGUGAAGUCUUCAAGUGAUAUUGAUGGCAAUAUCCCUCUCGUGGUAUCUCCUUCGUUGGCUAUCACGGAACUGUUAAGUAAUAGUGAUGGUGGCCUGCGUUCAUGUGAUCUUGAUUACAUCGUAGACAAAGAGACGAUCGAUCCAGAUUCGAGGUUGGUACAUGAGGAUGAGCUGCAUACUGAUCUUUCUGAGAAGAAUGAAACACUGCUAAGGAACCACGUGGGGAAUUCAUCAAGUGAAAGUGAUGUGGCUGGUAUGAAUGAUGAUGUGGCUGCUGAUCCGAGAGCUCAAAGUUUCAGUCGGACAUCACCCAUAGAGGAAAACACCUCUGGUGUAGAAGCCAACGCCCCUAUUACCGACCCUUCUUUGGUGAGGAGUUUUCCGUUGAAGUUUGGUAAUGGAGGCAUUGGUGCUCGUAAUCCUGAAAACGCAGUGGAGUCGAUCAGGAUAGUAGAUGGCAAUGGCAGAAUAGGUGGCGAAGUUGCUUCUGCAUCUGGGACUAGCGAGUCUUCACCUCGAAGGAGGUCCCGAGUCGGUAAACACGGUAAUCUUUCGCAGACCAAUCUGAGUGCUCCUCUUCCGAGAAAAUCCUCUAGAAAGAAACAAUCAGAAAGAAAUUUGGAAUCAAUUUUUAACUGUUCGAAGCAGAAGAGGAGCUCUGUUUCAAAACCAGACCGUUCAUCUCAGUGGGGAUUGCCAUGUAGGACCGCUGAAAUCUUCUUACAGAGCAAUAAUAUUCCUUAUGGUAGACCUCCGCAUCACGAAACAAAGCAACCUCAGAACAGUCCUAAAAAUGGAGAGCAUAAUCCCCAAGCAUCAAGUGGCUCUUGCCUUCGUUUGAAAGUUAAAUUUGGUAAGUCAGGUGGCCAAAAUCCUUUGAACAUUACAGUCUCUAAGGUCAGUGGCAACUCUUUGCCUGCUGGUGGUAUUGUUAAGGCCGGAAAAGGUUUAGAGUUUCCAGGGCCUGCAGAUAUUGUCGAGGAUAAACUCCAGAUUGUGGAAACUAGAGAGCAGUUAAAAGAGAAAAACAAUUCCUUGGAGAAACUUUCAUGUCAGCUGUUAUCUGAUUCUAUUACGGAUGAGAAAAAGAACCAAGACGCUGGGGGGUUAUGUAGGAAGCUAGGUGGUGAUGUUUUAGAUGAGGGUACACACCGUUCCUCUAGUAUGGUGGUUGAAGAGGGCGAGAGGGCCAAUGGAACCCGGCCCCUGGACUCUGAAACUUCACCAGAUUCAGAAGUUAUCAACUCUGUGCAAAAGGAUUUGCCUCAUGGUUUUUCCAGCACUGCAGAAGACCUGGUCAACACGAACAGAGGAUUAGAAAAACAGGAUGAAUUGCUUGCUUCAGUAUCUCCUUUGGAAAAUGGUUCACAUCUAAUUCCCAACGCCAAAAAAAGUACACAUCCUAAGUCAAAAGGUAAUGGAACAAGAAAAGGGAAAUCCAAGUCCAAGUCUGCCAAAGGCGGGAGAAAAAAUGAAUCUCAAGCGGGGUUAGAGCAACACAGCUUUAUAAAUAGGAGUGCUGGAAGUGAUGAUAGUAAAGAUCAUGAAGUAGGAAGAGUGGAGUCUAACGAAACAACAGGUGCUCUUUUGGACGCUAAUAUUGGAAAACCCAGUGCCGUUAAUGGCGCCAUAUGGCAAGAUGGUAUUCAUGGGGAAGCGGUCAUGGACCUUACUAUUGAGGAUAGCUCUCCCACAGAGAGUGCUUGGGUUCGAUGCGAUGAUUGUUUUAAAUGGCGACGAAUACCUGCUUCUGUGGUAGAGUCAAUUGACGAGAGCUCGAGAUGGAUCUGUAUGAACAACUCAGAUAAAGAUUUUGCUCAUUGCUCAAUCUCUCAAGAGAUGUCAAAUGAAGAAAUUAAUGAACAGUUGGGCAUAGGACAGGAUGAAGCAGAUGCAUAUGACUAUGAGGCGGCUAAAAGGGGGAAAGACAAGGAACAGAAGAGCAAACGUUUGCCAGUUAACAAAAAGGCGUGCUUCAGGGCCAUAAAAACAAACCAGUUUCUUCAUCGUAACCGUAAAAAUCAAACAAUAGACGAGAUAAUGGUUUGUCACUGCAAACCACCACCUGAUGGUAGACUGGGUUGUGGAGAAGAAUGUCUGAAUAGAAUGCUUAACAUUGAAUGUCUCCAUGGUACAUGCCCUGCUGGCGAUCUAUGCUCAAAUCAGCAGUUUCAAAAACGGAAGUAUGUUAAGUUUGAGAGAUUCCAAUCGGGUAAGAAGGGUUAUGGCCUGAGAUUGCUUGAGGAUGUACGUGAGGGACAAUUCCUUAUUGAAUACGUUGGAGAGGUGCUUGAUAUGCAAUCUUAUGAAUCUCGUCAGAAGGAUUAUGCUUCCAUGGGUCAGAAACAUUUCUAUUUCAUGACACUGAAUGGGAAUGAGGUAAUUGAUGCUGGUGCAAAGGGAAAUUUAGGGCGUUUCAUUAACCAUAGUUGUGAACCAAACUGCCGUACGGAAAAGUGGAUGGUGAAUGGUGAAAUUUGCGUUGGAAUAUUCUCCAUGAAAGACCUUAAGAAGGGUCAGGAGUUGACAUUUGACUACAACUAUGUGAGGGUUUUUGGUGCCGCUGCCAAAAAGUGUUACUGUGGAUCAUCACAUUGCCGAGGUUACAUUGGGGGAGAUCCUUUGAACGGUGAUGUAGUUGUUCAAAGUGAUUCAGAUGAAGAGUAUCCCGAACUUGUGAUCCUUGAUGAUGACGAAAGUGGGGAAGGAAUCUUAGAUGCAACGUCUAAGAUCUUCAUGGAUGGUGCUGACAUGCAAAUGCCGCAGAACUCUACAAAGGUUGAUGAUUCCAAGGACCUUGCUUCCCAAUCGCCUAGCUCUGUAGCUGUAAAACUUCCAGAAAGCGAGGUUCUUCCAUCUUUUCAACCGACCGAAGCAUCCAAGGAACUUUCGACAGACAUGCCUGUCAUUGAUGUCCAGCAGGAGGUUCUUGAAAAGAAGACUAAAGGCCCAUCUCCCGCGUCCAAGUCUAUCAGCAGACUGUCCUCGGAUGGUGCAAAUGCUGAUAAAACAGUAAAGCAUGGAUCUGGUGAAGAUGUAAAGAUACUUUCACGACCCCGCCCUCGUACUAAAACUUCGCGUUCAUCGGGGUCCAGCAAGCAAGCUCUUCCUGGUGUUAACAAAGCACAGACUACACCAGUCAAAAAGUUGCAACAGCAGCCCAUCAAAUCUAAAGGAUCAGAGGAAGUUUCUCCCAGCGGGCGUAUUGAAACAUUUGAAGGGAAACUGAACGAGUUACUAGAUGCUGGGGGAGGGAUCAGCAAGCGGAGGGAUUCAGCAAAGGGCUACUUGAAACUUCUGCUUCUCACUGCUGCUUCCCGGGGCAAUGCCAAUGAAGGAAUUCAAAGCAAUCGAGAUCUUUCAAUGAUUCUUGAUGCCCUUUUGAAGACAAAGUCACGAACUGUUUUGGUGGACGUAAUCAACAAGAAUGGUCUGCAAAUGUUACACAAUAUCAUGAAACAAUAUCGGAGGGAUUUUAAAAAGACCCCAAUACUCCGAAAACUUUUGAAGGUAUUAGAGUAUCUUGCUACAAGGGAUAUUCUUGCACUGGAGCAUAUAGUCAGACCACCUCCUUAUGCAGGGAUGGAAAGCUUCAAGCAGUCUAUUCUAACACUCACCGAGCAUGAUGACAAACAGGUGCAUCAAAUUGCGAGGAACUUCCGAGACAGAUUUAUCCCUAAGCAUUUAAGAAAACCUUGGCGCAUCGACAGAGAAGAGAGAUCGGAGUCUAGAAGAUCACCUAUAAACAGCAGAUUCAGAUCAUCACAAGAACCUAGAUAUGAUCAUCAUUCGCCAAGACGUGCAGAACCGUUUUCCUCAAGGGCUGCAACUCCCGAAACACCUUCUGUAUCUGACGGGUGCAUACAACCUACUUCCUCCAGCCUUCCUGAGACAAAUGGACGCAAGCGUAAAAGCAGAUGGGACCAGCCGUCUACUUCCAAAGAGCAACGAACCAUGACAGAUGUCCAAGACGACCUUCCACCCGGGUUCUCAUCGCCUUGCACGGAUGCGCCUAACGCAGUCACCGCACAGCCACAAGCAAAGUUCCUCUCUCGGUUAACAGUCUCCUAUGGGAUCCCGCUUAGCAUCGUUCAUCAGUGUGGUUCACCCUGCAAAGACGACCCUAAUAGCUGGUCCGUUGCUCCUGGGGUGCCGUUCGCACCGUUUCCACCUCUACCACCUGUUACUCACGGUGAGUUUUUCGCUAAUAAGAGAAACGGAACAGUCUCGGCCUCUCCAAAGCGGAAGAGAGAGUUUUCGUCUGAUAUAGGAACAAGUUACUUUCGGCAACAGAAACAGAACGUUCCUCCAUGGAUACGAUACAACGGGUGGGAGAAAACAGCAAACAGCUCCAUACCUAGGCAUCUAACUGUAGAGAAGAAGAUCAACAAUCAAGAAAAUCUUGAAUUUAGAGAGAGAAGUACACAUUCCAUGAAAGUUAAAACAAUGCAGCUCUUGAUGAGAAUUACAGUAAAGUCCUCUUCAGGGGAAUCAUGUGCUUUUCUUCCCCCUUUUGGUAUAUUCUAAAUUCUUUUGUUUAAUGACUUAAAAGCCAGAAAAAAAAACUUCAUUUUAUGAGUAAAAGUUAUAUUUCAAUCACAUUCUUUAUUCA